AUGCGAGCCACUUUUCUGACGAUGCCGAGGCCUGGACCGAAGCGCCACGCCCUCUACGCCAUUCUACUGCUCGUUGCCGUCGCCGGCAUCUGGUAUCUUCGAGGAGUUGAAGAGGGUCAGAAUCAUGGUCAAAAAGAUGGCAGGUGGAACUACUACCGCCCGAGCGUUCCUCUCCGCGACUUGAUCCCGGCGACUAAGCCUAACUCAACGUCAUCCCGCCAGCCGAAGAUGCUCAUUCUUGACGGUCCGUACACGCCGAAACUCUUUGCGGCGCAACCCGAGCUGUAUACGGUGGCCGUCCAGGUGGAGCAGGGCCAGACGACCGACGACUUUAAGAAGAUCAAGAAGUCAAGCCCGUAUGCCGAGCUGCUCUUCUUCAUCAAUUCCCCUUCAAACGACUUCUUCGAGAUCUUCCGCCCCGAGAACAUCUCCGACCUCCGGCUCAUGCCAAAGAGUGCCUACACCAAAGAGUGGAAUACCUUCGUGCCACGGGACGACGCAUUCCACGCUCGACUCUGGGCUGGAUCUAGGAUGAUUGGAUGUCUGAAUUUGACAAUCAUUCGAAACACGACCGAGCCGCCGAAUAUCAUCCCGGAAGACGUCUACUGGCUGUCCGUCGUGCGCGACUUGCACUUCGAGUACCGGGCACUACCAUUCUUGAAUGGUGGUACUUUACUGGGUUGGCGUCGUGAAUGUACCGUAAUUCCGCAUACGCGGGACAUGGACCUUGCUACGUUUGAGGAUGAAUUCCCGAUGGCUCUCGUCGACGACUCGAUUAAUAUGACCGGAAAGCCGCUGCAGCUCGCGAGAAUCAUUGGCUGGCCGGGCGACAGCUACGAGGCGACGUUUUGGGCAAAGACGGGGCGCGGCAAGUCGUUCGCAAUCGACAUGUUCACGAUGUAUCGUGACCCAAAACAGCGCAAGUGCUACACCACCCUCAUCAUAUCGCAGAGCAAGUCCGUACACGCAAAGUACCGCGAAGAGUAUCCGUGGUUUGAGGCCGACUUCUGCACGGCCAACCUGCACGGCUACGUCUUCCACGUGCCCUGCGAUCCGGACGCGCUUCUGGAGGCUGAUUAUGGAAAGGACUGGACCGUCGACCGGCCGACAAAGGUCUACAGCUACGGGCACAACGUCGUCCCCAACGACAAUUUCCGGAUAAAUGACUCGACCUUCAUCCGCUUC